AUGAAGACUAAUUGUGUUUUCAUGGCAUAUCUUGUAAUCACGGUGGUAUUGUUUGCUUAUCCAAGUUUGGCUUCAAAACUUGAAGAUGAUGACGAGAAACCGUUGAUAGAUCCCGAUGUUGAUAUAGAUUCGGCGUUUGCAAGAUCGCCGACUUCGGAUGAAUACAAUAAAGAAGUAUUACCUCGUACACUGCCAAGAGAUUACAUAGAGCACGCCCUCGUUUGCGGCGAGAUGAUGGGAGGAGAGAGAUGUAACGAUCAAGUUAUGUCUGAGAUUCUUCAAGAUAAACCAGCUUCCAGGUUUUGUUGCAUGAAAAUGAUUAUAUUUGGCGAAGAAUGUCACACGGCUAUUAGGGAUGUAAUGUUUAGGACUUAUCAGUUCAAACGAUAUGCAUCUGUUGCUCGUCCCCGGAUUCGCCAAGUUUGGAACAGAUGUUACGCUGAAGUUGGAGGUAUUGAAUAA